CCUGGUGUGAAUCUGUUUAAAGUGUCGCGGGUCAUAUAAAGCGGCCAGGAUUCUGACCCGGUUCUCGUUUCCCGGCUGCUCCCCCGGGUUUUCUCCGCAUUGCACUUUAUGUUCGCCGGUUUGCCACCGUGAGGAUGGAGGCCAUGGCUUAUCAAUGACUCGGUAAAGAAAGAAAUGGAUGAGGAGGCAAGCCGUCUGGAAAAACUUCACGUUCACAGUGUGUAUGAAAAGAUUGCUCCGUACUUCAACGACAAGCGCUAUAAAGCUUGGCCAAAAGUACAGAAGUUUAUUUUAGCUCAAGAACCUGGCAGCUUAAUUGCUGAUAUAGGAUGCGCAAAUGGAAAAUAUCUUCAUAUCAACAGUCAAACAUUCAAAAUGGGAUGUGACUACUGUGUUCCGUUGGCCGAGUCCGCACGAAACAAGGGCUAUGAAAUAAUGGUGUGUGAUGGGCUUAAUCUGCCCUACCGAAGUGGCUGCUUUGAUGCUGUCCUUUCAAUAGCAGUGAUCCACCAUUUCUCCACCAAGGAGCGUCGCAUUCAGGCCAUUCGAGAGCUGUCUCGGAUUUUAAGAGUUGGGGGACAGGUGAUGAUUUGCGUUUGGGCUAAGGAGCAGAAAAGGCGGAAGUUCGAGAAGCAAGAUAUACUCGUUCCUUGGCAUCUGGAACUAAGUUCGUCAAACAUAUCUUCGGAAAACCUGCAACAAUCAGUUACCUCAGAUAGCGGGAAUGUCCGUUUACACCAACGUACUAACCGCACUCUUGAAAUACACAACCUAAGUAAACAGUGUUCAGCCGAUGAAGGGGGAGAGAUGUCUGGCAAAUCUUUCCACAAUCUUGUUCGAUCAAAUGUUUUAUCCAGGUCACUUGAUUCGGGGUUAGAUUUAAACUUCAAGUGUGAAGGUAGUAACCAAAAGUACCAGGGCAUUUUAAGCAGAUUUUAUGAUUAUUGUUCACAGAUUAGCAUAGCUAAACACGGGCAUCCGUUUGAAUUGUCCAAACCUAGUGGGUUUUUAAGACAACUCAGUGACGUAUUUCCGAAAUAUGUGCAGAACUUUCAUAGAACAGACAUCAGACGGACUGAAGCAACAACAUUGCCGUUCCAUAGCGUGAGCGGCCCUUCUGCUGCCCAGCAUCUUCAUGGAACGGACCUAAUCGAGGAUUACAGUAAUGUUCCUUUACCAGAUUUACAAAGCCAUACAAAAUCACUGAAACCUAGUACAACGAAGAGCUGUGCAGAGCCUGUUUAUAAAAGUAUUAAUGAACACGAAGCCAAUGCUGCCUCUGAUGGUGAGAUAGCUGCAGCUCAUCUUAAUUCCGAAACGAAAAAUAACAAUUGUCUUCGGUACUAUCAUAUUUUUAAAAAGGGAGAAUUAAAAGAGCUGAUAGAAAAGUGUAUUCCUGAGCUCCACGUGGUGCAGACCUUCUUUGAUCAUUCAAACUGGUGUGUUAUCGCUGAAAAAGUUCAAAUUUGGAAGAUCUAGUUUGCAACCUUCUCCUUUUUAUGACUGUUUUUAUAUAGUUGGUGCUGUUUCUUAUUCCAUAAAUUAUUUUUAAUUGUGCAAAUAACUUGUUUACUUUUUACCUCUAAUAAAUUCAUAGUAAAA